CUGACCGACCGACCGGACGACCGGACGGCCAAGACAGCGCGGUCGCUCCGCACCGCUCCGCUCCGCCCCCGCGGAGCCUCCGCCCUCGGCCGCGCCGCUCCGCUUUACAUAACCCGCCCCGGGGCCGGGGGUCCGCGCCCCGCCGCCGCCGCGGCUCCGCUCGGCGGAAAUGCGGAGCCGCCUGCUCCGGUUUCCUGCCUGAACCGAGCCGUGCCUUGCCGUGCCUUGCCGUGCCGAGCCGUGCCUUGCCGUGCCGAGCCGUGCGCCCCGUCCCGCCCGCCCCGUCCCGGCCCGGCCCCGGGCUCUCCGCCGCUCUCCACCAUGGGCGGGCGGCAGCCGGUCGCCUUCUCCUCCCGCAGCGCGGCCGCCUCGCUAGAGCCACGGCAAUGAAUGGGCACGCUCUGCCGGCCGGCACGCCAGCGCAUCCCCGGGGCUGGCAUGAAUUCUGCGAGCUGCACGCCAUCAGCACCGCCAAGGAGCUGGCGCGGCAUUACCUGCGCUUCGCCACCGAGCACCCGCACCAUGACCUCCUGGCCGCCGAGAACUUCUCGGUGCAGUUCACCGACCUCUUCCAGCAGUACUUCUGCCAUGAGGUGAAGGAAGGCUUCGCCAUGAACCAGCUCCGCAUCCUCCCCGCCGGCCCGGCGCGGGAUUACCGGGAGACGCACCGGCGGCACGCGGAUGCCUCCGUGGGCACGGUGGCCACCAAAACCGAAGCGGAGCCGGGUGCCCGCCCCGAGCAGCCCAGCCGAGCCCUCGAGGCCACCCCGAUGGGGCUGCGCAAGUCCUGGAGCUCGGAGGAGUUGGCGGGGCCGGCACGGCGACCCUUCUCCCUCAGCCAGCUGCGCCGGAGCUGGCGCAGCCUUUUCCGACGCCGUUCCUCGGACGCCCUCCCCGGGGAUGGGGAUGGGGACAUGGUGGCGGAGGCGGCUCUUAAGCCGGGACUGGGCAAACGCAUCCUGCCGUGGGGGCUGUCACGGGAGCAGCCCCCUGAGGUGCGCAAGGAGGGGUUGCUCAAGUACGGGCUGCUGGACGAGACCUCCCUGGACAGCGGGACGCGCUGGCAGCGCUGCCGCCUGGUGCUGCGGCGAGCGGGGACGUCCGACGGUGAGGAAUACGUGCUGGAGCUCUUCGACCCGCCCAAGGGCUCCAAGCCGAAACUGCACGCCGCCUGCUCCGCCAUCCAGGAGGUACGGAGGUGCACGCGCCUCGAGAUGCCCGAUAACCUCCACACCUUCGUCCUCAAGGUCACCAACGCCACCGAUGUCCUGUUCGAGGCGGGGGAUGAGCAGCAGCUCAGCUCCUGGACAGCCGAGAUCCGGGAGUGCUUGCGCAGGGGGUCUGAUGUGGGCGACCCCGAGUUCCUGGCGUGCCGGUACCCUGACCCCACGGCCGCCAGCCCCACCACCAGCACUGACACCCUUGGCCAAGGGGCGACGCCAGGGGGCCCGGGGGAGGCAGCGAGACCGAAGAUGGAGCAGUUCCUCUCCUCCUGCCCCUGGUUCCACGGGCCCAUCUCCCGUGUGAAGGCGGCUCAGCUGGUGCAGCUGGGGGGGCUGGAGGGCCACGGCGUCUUCCUGGUGCGGCAGAGCGAGACGCGCCGCGGCGAGUACGUGCUCACCUUCAACUUCCAGGGCAGAGCAAAGCACCUACGGCUGGCGCUGACGGAGCGGGGCCAGUGCCGCGUCCAGCACCUCCGCUUCUCCUCCAUCGUGGAGAUGCUGCACCACUUCCAUCGCUACCCCAUCCCGCUGGAGUGUGGGACAGCCUGCGACGUCCGUCUGUCCAGCUACGUCGUCGUUCUGCCCCAGCCGCAAGCUCCCAGCUCCGGCAGCACGGUCCAGCUCCCCUUGCCCGUCCCCGGCUGGAACCCCGAAUUCAGCCUCGCCCCCACCAGCUCCUCCUGCCCCCGCAACCCCGACGAGACCCCCCCGGAGCAGAUCUUCCACCUGGUGCCGCCGCCGGCCGAGCUGGCGCAGAGCCUGCGCCCGAGCAGGGCAGCCCCAGCCCCCGGCCCCCGACCCCGCGAUUCGGACUACGAGGUGGAGGCGCCCGGCCGGGGCCACGUCCGCGCCAUCGACAACCAGUACACACCACUCUGACAGGCGCCGCGCCGGCACCGGGAUGCACUUUCGGGUGGAGAAAUCAUAGAGACCUUCCAAGUACCCCAUCAACGUACUACUUUCUUCCUUCUGGUUAGGGAUGAUUAUUAUAUUUUUGCAAGGAAGGGGGUAAUUUUUCACUCCAGUACGGGUGCGCUCCCUCUCUUCGGCCUGUUAAAGGGCCUUUUUUUUUUAAUUUUUUUUUUUUUUUUGUUAUUAUCAAAGCUUUCUCGUUACUGUUUACACAUGCCGCUCGUGCCUGCGUCCCUGCGUGCCAAGGUCUCCCACCUGUCCCUGACAUGACGGCACCCAGCGAAGGAUCCGGGGUCUUGCGUUACACGCAUAUAAUUGGAGAAAGGAAGAAAAAAAGGGGGAAAAAAAAAAAAAAAAAAAAAAAAAGUGGAUUAUAAAUUCAUUGACCAGUUGCUGCUCCAGGCCGUGCAGGCAAAGACGAGCCCCGUCCUCCCACCCCAGCACGUGCUGCCGCUGCCAAACCCUCCGGCAAAGCCCGACCUGCCGGAGCUGAGCUCCCACAUCGGGCAAAGAUGCCGAUCGCGAUCAGAGUUUAGGCUUUCUUUUUCAAUAAGGCAAAAACUGGCUUUUCUUGCUCUUCUUUUUUAACCUGGCCCAGUUGCAGUUGCUCCCUGCACCAGCCAAAUACUUACACCAUUACCCUUGCUAAUUAAGACAUGAACACUAACUGCUCCAUCAUUAUUAAUGUCACUAGCUGAGAACUAACACGGAGACUGACAGCAAACCACUCCUCCCGGUGAUGGAGGCAUUUUAUCCCGGUGAUGGAAGUGUUUUAGCCUGGUGAUGGAAGCAUUUUAGGCACAAAUCUAAAAUGAGUUUUUUUCCCAAAACAUAUUUUUACCUCUCCAGCGCAGGUGGCUGCCCACCCUGCUCUCACUUGCCCCUUUUUUUUUUUUUUUUUCUUUUUUCUUUUUUUUUUCCCUCCUAAAACACUCUGUAACCAAGAGUUUGGUGAUAUUUAAAGUUAUACAACAGCCUCUUGCAGGUAUGUUCAGGCCCUGCAGCCAUCGGUGCCGCCGAGCCCCGGUGCUGCUUUACCUGGGGCAGCCGGCGCGGCCGCGCCGAGAGAGGAACCGCUUCUUAGAAGCUGCCGUUAUUUUAAGAAUAAGGAAGGGGCUGGAGCCGUUGCAACAUGCGGGAGGGGAUGUUCACAGCCUCCAACUUGCAGAUUUCUCAGCGCAGCCCGUGCGGCACUCCCUGGGAUUUUGGAUGCAAAACUCGCCUUGAAAUUGCCUUUUGUUUUAAUUUUCCUCGCAAUUGCGAUAGAGGUGGGAGUCCUCAGGAGCAUUAACAUUUAGGAAUUAGUUUCAAAGCAAGCAAACACAAAGCCUCGUGGGGCAGAGUUAGGGAGUUUUGCAAAAAUCCAGCCUCUGGGUAGGGCUUUGCCAUUAAGCCUGGUUGAUAGGCAAAGCCCAAGGAGCCCAGCUCUGCUUAAGGGCAGGAACUGAAGGGCAGGGUCACGGUGCUGUUGUGCUGGGCCAGGCCAGAAAAGGCAGAUGUAGCACAAGCAGGAGCCAGGACCAGGCAGAACCAGGGAGCUGCUUUGAGAGCAAAUCUGGUUUCAUGAAUUGUAGUCAAAGGAUGAGAGCUGGGAGGAACGGGAUUUGAGAAACCACUCAGGGUUUGCAUUUUGUGCCUCUCCACCUCUUGCCCCAGCCCUCUCUUGGGCUCUCUUUGUACAUUCGGAGCAGGCAAGGUCUUUUUUUUCUCUCCCUCCCUUCCUCUGUUUGAAACAACUCGAAAAUGGGCACACGGGGAGCAAUCCUGUAUCGUGGCGGGGAUCGGCGUUCCCCGGCGCACACUCACUCUUGAAGCUGGAGCAUUAAGAGCAAAUUGCACUGGCCGGUCGGCACCUCCAGCGCUGCCAAACCUGGCCAGGCUGCCGGAGAGACAAAGGCAGCCCUGUCCUCGGCUGCAGCUCCUCUGCCGCAGCCGCGUCCCGUUUUCCUCCCCGCACCAAGCACAAAGGCUGCACCGAAGGGCAGGAGCCAGGGCUGGUUUGUGCUGGGAGAGUCAAGUCCCUUCGUUGCUCAUAAAUGACUCCCCACGGCGUUGCAUUUCUAGGGGCGAUGAGGGGAAGGGGGAGGAAGCAUGGCGCAACUUGUCGGCUCCUUUGCCUCCUCCGCGCGUGGUUCCCAGGUCCUGCACGCCUCCGAAAACACUCGCACACGCUCAAUCUUUCUAAGGUUAAAAGAGCUGAUUUUUAGUCCCGCUGAGUUCCAGGCAGCCCUGAAAGACGAGGUGGUCUCACCCGAAUCAUCCUACGCUCAGAGCAUCUGCAAGAAAGAAUGGGCUGGGAAAAAGGGAUUGCUCUUCACAGCCAGCGCAGCCCUUGCCAGAUAAAUCAGAUGCUGCUGCUGCUGGGAUGGGUUGUUUUGGCACGCCGGGGCUUAUUGUUCGAGCGCCAACAACUAAACAUGCACACGCAUGUGGUAUUUUUAACCUGCAGUUUAAUUGCAAGGGGUUUCUCCGUAGUUUAAAUGGAAAUUGCUGCGCUUGAUUAGCAAAAUAUACAUUGAGUUCAUUAUCGCCCCAUCAGCCGCUUCCCCUGUGCAAACAAACUCCGGUGGAUGCAAACUCCUGUUGUCCCCACCGGUGAGCAGCGGGGAAGUCGCUCUGAUUUUUUAAUAGAGUUAUUUCCAUCUCAGACCCUCCCCAACAAGGCAGCCAAGGGCUGUCCAGCUGCCCAGCUCCAUCUCCCCACCUUAGUCCUGCGCUCUGCCGCAGCUCGGACCCAUUGUGGUCCCAACCCCAGCUGCACCGGGACCCGAGGGGUUUUUUUGGGCUCUUUCCCCAGCUCCUGGAGGACUGAGUUUGAAAUCCCAUUUCUCCUAGAAAGUAUUUGGCUUGCACCGCACGCAGCCCUACCUCUGCUCCUGCCAGCACACUCGGCUACGUUAAUCCAGCCCGUAAACAGCUCCUCGCUAUUCCUGCAGUGGGCAAAGAGCGUUAAACCAUUCCAUUCUAUGGAAUAUAAAGCAACUUACAGGAAGUUUUAGAUUCUUCCAGUAACUUGGGAAAACAGCCUAGGACUUAGCAGGUUUAGUUCCCCAGCCCACAUGGGCUUUUAUUGGCCUGUAUGAAGUAUCAGCGUUGAGUUUUUGGAGGGGAAGCCAAGGGAAGAGGCCCUGCACACAGGUACAGCCGGCUCCCGGGCUCCCCCGGAGAAAGAGCAUUUCCUAGAGCUGAAAUUAAGUCAGAUGUGCUCACGGGCACGUGCACCCCGAGUCUGGAUCCCAUGGAACAAAGCCAUGACCCACAGGGCAGAGAUGGGCUGGGCUUUGGGGGGAGCCUUUGCCCAAUGACCGUCCCCCGAAAUGGGCUGUCAGGGAGGGACACCCCAUUUCAGCCAGCUGAAAACAGUCGGUUUGGGCAAUACCGAUGCCCAAGGGGUAUCACUCUGCGCCAGCAGGGACCUGCCUUAGUGCACAACCUAAGACUUUGGUCCAGCCAGACCUUCUCCCCCUCAUCUCCAUCUCAGGCUUUGGAAACCGCUUGCUGCUUGCGGACAGAACCUCCCUUUCGGUGGCUUUCGCGUGACAGGUUCUGAAGAAGUUCAUGACAUGGAGCAUUAAUUGAGCUUCUUCAUCCGUCCCUCCCUCCUGCACCCCAGCCCUGAUGAACGGCACCAGCAAUCCAGAGCAGGUUACCAAACACUGACACCACCCUUGCCUCGCCGCUCGCUUUUGCUUCGAAAUUAUUUCGGGGCAAAGCUUCUAGAAAGAGCUCCGGGUCCAGGGUGAGGCCAAAGCUUCUCAUUUCUUACAGUCUCCGGACCACAGAACACUGCUGUCAUCCCACCAAUGCAGUUUUACUCUAACAAACAUCUAGAGCCUUGAAAUCUUGACUAACAGGUUUGAGUACAGUAUUCCAAAUUUUAAUUUAAGCUUGUUCAAUGCGAACAGCCCCAACCUUCGCCAGCAACUACCAGAGGUGGGGAGGCGACUGUGCAUUCUCUAACUCAGCCUUUAGCAGGAUGAUUAAAGCCAACAGUUUGUUGGAUGAAAAGUGUAUUGAUUUGAAAGUUCUACUUUUCACCUGCACAGAAAAGUUCUUCUUGUAUAGUAGGUUUUUCUAUAUAUUGUUUCUGUAUGUACUGUACAAGUAACUUAUUCUUGAAUAAUGCAAUUUUACCAUAAUAUAAAGAAAUCUGCUCUUAAUAAACUGUUUUUAGAACUCGUUUCUCACUUUUAGUCUUCAGUCUGAUUCUCUCUAGGUGCCUGGAAACCAUUUUAACAGAUACUGGAUGCUAAAAGAUGGAAACGCUCCCUUAGAGAUGGAACACAAGCCAACAGCCUGUGUGAGCGCGCUGUUCCUUCUCCCAAGACUCGACUCAAGGGAGUCCUGCCCCGAGUCGCCACCGUCUGCGACAGUCUCAUGCCCCCUGCUGCCCACCUGAACGUCAAUUCAUUCCGUUUCACUGCCCUGUUGACCUGGAAGGAUUAAGACAGAAGCUGCCGCGGUAUCUGUAUUCCCCAGCAUUUUUUUUCACCAAGCCACAACGGGACGUUAACUGCUGCCUGCAAAAGCUGGUACGAGUGUACCUGGCCUGCCUCUGCAGCGCAACUAUAUUAUAACCCAGUUUAACCAGCAUCAUCAUCUGGUUAGCUGGCGUAGGAUACUUGCGCCAUACCGGCCACUUAGGAAGAGCACAGCACUUCACAAGCAGGGCUCAGCCUGCGCUACUGAGGGAGGCGGCAGCCAACUGCUUUCUCCUACCCUUUUCCCUGUCCUUUUACAAGCCGUUUUGCUAAGGCAUGCUUACCCCCAUUUCUUUCUUUCCUUCUCCAGCAGCACCACUGACGCGUAGUUUUACCAUCAUAAACCUCCAGGCCCAGCUGCGACAUCCUCUGUGACCCCAGUGUAAAGCUGAGGCAUUACGGGAUCGAUCUGAACACAAGAAAUUGUUAAAAAACUGUACCCAACUCCUGAUCUUGAAACCUCUCACUUAUUUUUGCAAGUCAAAUACGACGGAUUCGGUUUCACGGUGGGGGGCACGCACACGACACGGCAGCACCACACGCACAGAGCAGAGCUCACCUGGCGCUAAAUAAAACAUUCGCUCCGAUUUGGAUUGAAAGCUGGAGAACACAUGAGAGUAAGAUACUGGUAAAACAAGACACAAACACUACGUAGGUCAGUUUUUAAAACUUUUUUUAUUUUUUAAUUUUUUUUUAAGUUUUUAUUUUAUAUUAUCUACAAAGUAAAAGUUUUCUUAACUUAAAAGUUACAUCACUGUCUCACGAUAGUGAUUAUCUCAUCAAACGUGAUUUAUAAAUAAUAAUUCAUCAGUUUGACGAUUAGAAUUUUUUUUUUUUUUACUGAACCUGUUUCAAGUUUAGUUAGAAGUAAAAGGGAUCUCCAAGUCUUGAUUUUUAGUGAUAAUAGCAGCAAGAAUCACUCUUGUUACUUCUUUUGCUAGCUGAUGAGUUCAUAACUUUGAAGGGUCAUUAAAAAAUAAAUAACUUCCAGUUUUCAGCAAGCAGAGUUGGGGCACUUGCAGGACUCAGAUACAGUGCAUGGAAUUAUGGAAUAGCCCACAAGUUCCUAAAUGCCUCUACUCAGUCCGAAUCUCUCCCACUGCAAGAUGAACUGUUAGCAUUCCUAGUGGAUGUUACAAGAAAUCAAUUUUUUUUUUUUUUAAACAAAAUAAAAUGAAAUUCUAGUUUUCUGUGCUUCCAGUUGGCAGAAGCAGUAGAAGGAGGGUAUUUGGCCUACAAAAGGUAUCCAGCCUUUCAGUUAUUCCAGAUGAGCCUUACAACUGCUGUUGGUGGUGGGCUUGUACUGUAAAAAAAAAGUUCAAAUGUAAAUAAUAAAUUGGCAAGCCACACAACAGUUUGCUAGUAAAGUGGUCACAGGACAACUACUGAGCUGUACUUUUUCUUCUUUUUUUUUUUUUUUUUUCCAUUUUUUCUUUUUUUUUUUUUUUUUUUUAUUUUU